UUGCCCUUGUUUUAACUUUGCGUUCUAAGCAGGCUUCUUCACUGGUGGAUGUGGUGUUAGGUCUGCUGGAGCCUUUCACCAAAAUCAAAGGUGCUGUAAGAAACUGGGAUGGAACAGAAGAGGGUGAUGAGAACAAGAUAAUCCCAGAGAAGGAGAAGAGAAGUGUCAGUGAUGCGAUGAUGGGGACGAGUGACCUCGCAGAGUGGUCCCUGUCUCCUGAAGAGGGUGAAAGAGACUUGCUGACACUACAGACAGUGUGUUUAAGGGCAGAGGAAGAUGGCAUUGCAGGCAUCUGUCACAUCACUGCCCACCCUCAGGAGGACAUGGUGCAGCAUGGGCAGGGUGUGCCAGUGAGUGGGCACGAGGCCGUGUGUGAUCUGUGUGACUUGGGCUUGGUGCACAUUAACAUUCUGCAAGAAGGAAAGGCAGAGAGUUCAGAGAACAAGUCAAUGGAGGAGCCAAGUGACAUGCUGCUGAUUGAGGUCUAGCAAAUGGCCCAGUCUGAAGAGGAUGGAGGAAAGGAAGCAGAGGGUCUGAGCUGUAAAGCUAGUGAUGAUUGGUCAGACUCACAUGAUGAAGAUAAAAACCACAAAUAUUCAUCUCCAUCAGUACAAACAGUUAUAAGAGAUCCCAAGUAUCUAGAAUCUCAAAUGAGUUCUUCACAUCAUAAGGAAGGAGAAAAAGCAGUCUUCAGCUGUGAGCUGUGUACAUACACCUCACUCAAGAUAUCAAGUCUGAACCGUCACAGGAAAAUCCAUUCUGAAGAAAAACAUCACGUGUGUCACAUCUGCCUCAAGGCUUUUCGAACAGCUACACUCCUGCAGAACCACGUGAAUGUACAUACAGGGACCAGGCCCUAUAAAUGCAGUGACUGUGAUAUAGCAUUUGUGACCAGUGGGGAGCUUGCACGGCACAGGUGUUACAAGCAUACCUUUGAAAAACCUUUCAAGUAUUCAAUGUGUAAAUAUUAGAGUGUGGAAGCAAGUAAACUGAAGCGACACAUUCGCUCACAUACAGGAGAGCGUCCUUAUGCCUGCUACCUUUGCAGUUAUGCUGGCAAAGAUGCAUAUAAACUGAAAAGACACAUGGCAGUUCAUUCAGGUGUCCAGUUACAAAGUGUGCAUUCACGUAUGGCAGUGGCGGUUCAGUGCAGUCACUGUGAGCCUGCUUUUCACAACCAUUAUGCUCUUACUCAGUGCAAGAAGAUUCACGGGGAUGGAAGAAGUUUCAGAUGUGAUCAGUGCAGCUAUCCAUGCAAGCAGGGUGAUAUGCAGAAGUAUCCUGAAAAAUGUGGAUUGGUGAAGGCCAAAACUUCUACACCCAGAAAAAGAAGCAAGGGUAGAAGGAAAGAAAGGGAGAAUCCAAAGCAUGCUAAGCAAUAAGGUAAUCAGUGAAUAAGUUAGAAUUUAAUCAUGUAAAUUAGAAUGAAGAAUAAAAGGCUAAGGUGGUAAAUCUUCCCUGCUGCUUAAUUACUGUUUCACAAUGAAGCUAAUUUAAGUGCUAAAAAUGGAGGAAUGCUUUAGAACAGUCUUGAAUUGCUGAGCAGAAGUUCUGGUCUUCUGCUCUGGGUCACUGCUCAGGUACUUGUUCUGGGACUGCUAUUCCUCAGCUCCUGCAGAUAUCUUCCUAAAUUCCUUGCUCAGCAAUGCUUACAAAUGCAUUUUUUCUUUUCCCUUUUACAAAUUCACUUUGCCUUUAUAAAGGUGAAUGAAACAAUCAUUGCUGCGUUGAGCUGUAGUGAGUUUCCUUAUGAGCCUAUUUUUGAUAAUACACUGCUUUAAUACAGACCAGAAUGGAACAUUUUUGGUUUCAAAACCCAAAUUGCACAUUAAUCUCAAUAUGCAUCUUAACAAAAAAAUUGUUCUUCUCUCAUACUCAAAUCAGAUAAUGAUCCAAUAAUAAAAACUCUAGUGAUUUAAAUGGCUAGAGUCAUCCUUCUGUCAUGCUGAAGGGGUGACCAGGCCCAUUUACAGAUCUCUUGGCUCAGCACGUCUGUACAGUCAGAAGGGUGCUUGUAAUUACUCAGUGUUACUCAGUGUAGGUAGCACUUGAGCACUGAGCAUUUAUUCCUUCAACAUGAAACAGAGGAUGGUCUGUAGUUAAUCUCUUUCCUUCUCUUUCUUCUGCUUCCUCAUCUUUUCUCAUUAGGUUAAGGUUAAUAGGAAGUGAAUAAAUUCAGAUCUGGGGAGACCAGAAUGGUGGGCAGGUAGAAAUAUAUCUAAGGCCUAGAUGUCCUCAAACAUUACAUUCUGAUAUAGCAGGUUAUACCUACACUGAUUUGUGGCCAAUGACGCGGAGAUAAAAUUUGACACAGAGUAAGAAAUGUUGAAGCCUUUCUGAAUGAAUAUAAUGAAUAUAAUGAAUAUAUAUCAGCAGCUGAGUUUACAUUAGCAUUGACAUUUCUGUUUUCUCUGGUAAGAAUGUAAUGGUAUGUUUAGAGAGAAGUUUACAGCUGCAGUGUGUAUGCUUUUGCAAUAAUUAGAUUUAGCUGUUUAUUAAUGUUUUGGUGCACGCAAACAAUAUCUUUUUGGUAUCUUUCAUAUCCUUUCAUCUGGAAACUUCAGUUUCUACAGCUAAGAUAAUGUCUCAUUAGCUAUUGCUCAUGCAGAUAUUCAGUCUGUUAUUUGACAUGCACAGCUUUUAGAAUUUCUGUGCUAGUUCCAGAUUUCUUUUUUUUUUUUUUUUUUAAUAAUUGAUAUUUGGGAGUAUCCAUCGCUGUUCUCUUCUUGCACACUAUGCAGGGCCUGUGGGCUCCUCUCUGUGCCUUCAUAAAUGACUGUUACCAUAAGAGCUGAGCCCUCAUUAGAAAUGACUUGUGGCUGGUGCCACCAGUGAUUGGCUGGAACACACAUUUUCUUUUUUAAUUGUUGAUUAUAUUAUAAUACGAAAAUUUAAAUUUCCACUUAAUGCUUAGUUUUCCUCUAAACUUAUAAUAAGCGCUACUUACUUACCUGGCUCAUCGUGUAAUAUUCAAUGUAAAUUAGUUUCAUUAUCUAAAUAAAUUGAAAGUGAAGAUAUGAUGUUAUAUAUUGGACGUGAUCAGUGCUCUGAAUAUAUUGCUUGCUUGAAUUGUUACUAACCAAGCUGAGUGCUGCCCUGUGCUGGUAUCUGAGCAUCACACUACACAAAGUAGAAUGUAUAUGAAAAAAUAAAAGACAUUAAUGAAGUUGAAAAAUGACAAUCUGAAUAGUUAGAAGCCAGAAUGUGUCCUUUUUGAAAUCAAGACGGAAUGCUUUAGACCUACUCAGGAGUCAUUCCUUAUGGACUCGAGCUUUUUAACUGGGAACGCUGGUUGCUGUACUUAAGAACUUACAUUACCGUAGCUUUCAGGUGAUGGGUUUACAAAGUGAACUCCGUGGUGUUAUUUGUACCUAUAAGAUCAGUACACAUGUAUUAGUUUUUACUAAAACAGUACAUACUCUGAACAGAUGACAAUUUAAAAAACAAACAAACAACUUCAGUUACGAAUUAUAGAGGAGUCAUUAAACAUUCAGGAAGGGUUCAUGCCAUGAAAUAGAUACUAACGGUAGUGCUGCUCUGCCAUGGGCUGGUGCUGAGCAGUGCGCAAUGCAGCCGAUCAGCAGCGCUUCCUGGAGAUGGCAGCACCGGUUCACAUCUCCGACAGCAGACCAGCAAAAGAAAGAUGCAUGACAAAGGUGCUCUAGUUUUAUUAAUUUAUUGAUAUUAAUUAGUAAUUAAUAAUAUUUUUUAUUGUUUUACUUAUUUAUUUUUCCUCAGUUUGAAAUUAGGCAUCUCGCUUAACAUCUUGUGCAGGUGAAGGCUAAACCAAGAGGUUUUUUUAGCUGUUUUUCUUAGCAGAUGAAGCUCUAGUUGUCACUACGAGCUGCAGCCGCGCUGCCAGGAAGGAGAACGGGCUUUGAAUCUGCCUUGCUCCCACAGCAUCACGCUGCUGGGAUGGGUCCCUGUGACCUGGGAUUUCAGCACGCAGUGAUCAUUACCUUUUGCCUGGGCAGUGUUCUGUAAGAGCAGAGAACAGUGAGUUUCCAGCUUAUUUCCACUUCCUGAAUUGUCUCCUUUCCAAGAAAUUAACUGUCAUCUUAAAUUCCUGAUAUUUUUUCCUUCGUAUCCAAAAAACUGUUUGUGUCUUUUAAAUAUUGCUGGCUGGGUUUCUGGAUUAGCAAAACACACUGACUGUCAUCUGCUGAAGAUCUUCACAGCGAUUACUUUCUUUGUUAGUUAGAAUCAAUUUGUUACGGUUAUUUAACAAUCUCACAACUACAUUGCAAUUAGAAAACGUACACAGCCUCAAUUUCUCCAACCCCAGUUGCUUGCACUCCCAUUCCUGGUGCACAUUGUCUUGUUCUGUAAAAGAAACAGAGUGCAGUGACAGCUGUGGGACCUCAGAGCUCAAACCUGAAAUGACCCUCAUGGCAGCGCUGCCUGGUUCCUUCCCUAAUGGGCAGCACUGGUACUGGUGGAAGCAAAGGCACUGCACUGCUACAGCUGCAGCCAGAGCUCCCUGCCCACAGCUGUAAGCACAUCUCAGCUCUAUUAAUUGUGUCUGGUACUGUGAAAACCUGGCAGCUCCCUGCAGCAGCAGCUAUGGCUGUCUCCACUGUACAGAGGAGGAAGAUGAAACACAGAAGAAAAUUAAUCUCUGAUUUAAUUCUUUUGCUUUUAGGUGCAAUGAGACCCACUGAUAAAACAGCGUGCUGCUGCCUUCUUGCUUGUUUAAAUAAUUGCACUGAACUAGAAAUAGAAACGGAGGGGAGUGGCAGCAUGCAGUGAUUAAGUUACAUUAGAAAGCAGUGAGCGAAUGUGCAAGGAACCAAAGACAUUAAGCUGGUGUGGUUAAUCUCUUCCAGAGACAUUAAACUCCAAGUAUUAAAAUUGAAAUAACAUUCAUAACUUCAUAAAGGUCAGCGCUUAGGCUGAUGUAAAAACACUAUGGCAGCACAACUAAAGGCCACGGACGUGGCUGGUGGCAGAGUCUCGUGGGGAGGAAACAUGGAGGGAGCUUCAGCUUUUAGAACUGGGAGAUGCGGCUCUACUUUGCAUGCAAAAAGAUCUUCUCUGCUUGCCUUGAAAUCCCAAUGAGAAAUGCAGAAGUUUCAGGGGGCGCCUGCUGCUUUCGUCCUGACAGCAGCACAGCACAGGAGCGAGCUGCUGCUGGUCCCUGCUGCCCGCCUGGCAGAUGCAGGAGAGCUGCAGGAGGUCACAGAUUUGGGCAGGCAGGCUGUCCUCAUCACGGGGUUUUCUCUUUCUCAGAAGCAGAUGAUUGAAUAGAAACAAUAGACUGCUUUCCCCAUCUGAUGAUGAAGACUGACAGUUCGUAGGAGAUGAGUCAAAGGUUACUGAUGAGAAGAUCCAUCCAGAUAAUUGCCGUAAUUGUACCCUGAGGAUGCGACUCCUAUCACAAAGCCAGAGACUGUGAUUCUAUUUGUGUAUAAAUACUUGGCAGAGAACUCCGUCCUUUGCCUUAAAUGAAGAGAAUUCCUUCAUGAGAUACAAAUGGAGAAAAUCCUCUUAAAUAUUCUCUUUUUUUUUUUUUUUUUUUUUUGUGACAGAGAGCCCCAGGAUCAGCUACAAAGGUAGUGUUUAAACCCAGACAGUCAAAUAACCAGUUGGGUGUGAUCUCUAACAAAUUACAACAUUUCGAAAAUGAAAUUCAGCAAGUGUGGCAGUCAGAUGGGGGGGUUGGCAGCACGAGCAUGAAAAGUAAGUAGUCUUUAAUUGCAGGAAAUGACAGCGAGCAGCUCCUCGGCAUCACUUCUCUCAGUGCUGUGCCUGCACUCCUCCUGCUGUGUGUGGUGGGGAGCGUGUGGGCACAUGGCAGGGAUGGGGAAUGAGGGUGGGGGGUUUGCCAUGGGGACCCCAUGCAGCUCUAGAAGCUGUAUCCUGUAACUGUAGUGGAAAUGGUACAUCACGGCCUGAAACAGUGAUGGAGCACCUGGUGGGAAGGCAGGGCUAACCCAGGGGAGCUCAGGUGUAAGCAAUGCAUUUGAGUGACCAGAAGGGCUGGAGCCAGGAUCCACCCCUUCCAGCCCUCAUUUAAGGGUUGGCAGUGAAAGUGUAGGUAUCUCAUCUGGAGAUCCCUGUGUAUGACAGAGCCUCAUAGGCAUCCUGAAGGCAAGUAGCAUCUUUCUCUUAUUUCUGCACCCAUUGUUAUUGCAUCCAAGCAGGUCCUCACCUGCUGGAGUCCAAGACCUUACUGCUCUUCCAACUUGUUGUAUUUUCUUUUCUUUUGUGUCAUCGCAUUGCAGGGUGGGCAGACAGUGAGAAGUGUGGGCACAGAGGGCUGCAGAACCUGUGUUCUUUCAAGAUCUGUACGUAUACAGAGGAUUGUGGAAGGAUUUGUGCAGAAAAGUUUCAGUCUAAAGAGUUACCUGCUGACCAACACCAGCUGUUAGGAAACAUGUGACAGCAGCACAGUUUGGACUGAAUGUGACAGCGUGGUGCAAUCAGUCAGUAAGGAAAGGAAGAACAAACAUUCAUCCAAUUCAAUAUUGAUAAGGAUAUUUUUACUUGAAAUGGUGAUGGUGAUGCUGGAAUCAGAUGAAGCAAUGCCUUGAGGCUGACUCCUUCACAGCUUGUGGAGUGUCAGGGCCAACCAUUGCCCAUGCUGGUGAGCUUUGGGGAGGAGCAGUUCAGAUAGAGCCACAGCACUCUAUUAUAAAAGCCUCAUGACCAAGACAGAUGCCAGUAGCUGGAACUUUGGCUUAAAAAAAAAAGUGCUGUGUUCAUCUGUGUUGUACUGAGUGCUCCCUCACGUGGCCCUGUUAUACUCUGUGAUGCCACUGCUGAGUACACUGAAGAUAUUCUGGAUGCUGUUGGUGGAGUGAGAGGUGGACUGUGCCUGAAUAUUUGUAAGGAGAGUUAAAUGUGAUCUCAAAUCAAAUUCUUAUGGCUGCUGGUAAGGACUUUAUGGGUUCCUUUUAUUUGGGGGCAUGUAACUAAAGGAGAUGUUCAGCAUGUUCCUCAGUGGGUGCCAGAAAGCUUAUUUUCAGAAGUAUCUGAGGCUCAGGGAAAGUCAACGACAGCUAUAUUUACCCUGAAGUCUGUGCAAGUGCUGCCAAAAUCGAGCCAUGUUCUUUUUGUAGGAAUAACCAUGAGAAACAACAGCACUUGGAGGAAGGACCGGGCACCAUACAUGUGACUUAUCUGACAUAGAAUUACUUAGAUGUCUUAAAUGGGGUCCAAAAGGUCACCUGAGGUUGUGCCUUGAGUGCUGCCAUCAGAAAGGCAGACGGGAAAGGAAACUUUAACUCUCAGUGCCAUGAAACACAGUGGGAGUGGGGCAAUGCAGCUGGAUGCACACCAAGGGUCUGGUGCAUGGAGGGGCUCCCAGCACCUCAGAGCUGGCAUUUCACCUGUCUCAAACAAACUCCAGCUGUUUCUCCAGGCCACUUUUGGUGUGAUUUAUAGUAAGUUUGGUUGUUCCACACUUGCCAAGCAGUGGGCAAGGUCUGUGGCAACAGCCAGGCUCAGCAGCAGCCCAGCCACUGCUUCAUGGCAGGUUGGUUUGCUUGCAGCCUGAGGCAAACCUGAAAUCAUUAACAGCCCAUUUGCUGGGCUAAUGACUCUUUUUUUAGUAGAUGUAUAAUUUAAUAUAUGGUAACUUUCAUGCUUAAUUACACUCUUCAAAGCUUCUUUUGAAGGAAUUUACUUUUCUGCAUGCAUUUAUUAUACGGUGUUGGGAGCUGGCUGGUUUGCUUCUCUGAUAUUCUGUGUUACUUUAAGGAGAUUUUAAUUGAGAUGUGGAUAUUUCCUCCUCUGUAACUACUCACAAUAUUUUUAACCUUGAGUGCUGGAAAAAAACAAGUGAAGGUGUAUUACUGCGAUGUUUCAAACAUCAUCCUUCUGUGCCCUGCUGCAACCUGCCCCGUUGUUCUGCACAAGGCGCAGACCCAAACCCUUCCAGCACAAUGCAAGGCUUCAGCUCAGCAGCCUGGCCCCGUUCCAGCCCAUUUCAUGUCUGACUCAGCACCGAGUGCCCCCGCCGUGCUCUGUAACCUCAGUGGGAGCACAGACAGGCUCCUGUAAGUGCUGCUAAUCCCACGUGCCAUUGGCAUGUGGCACUUGUAAGGCUUGCUGGGAUCAGUUUGGAUGAAAGAGGCUACGCAUGUAAGAUGUUUUUCAUGGGCACCCCAAAUCCGGUACUAUAUCAAUGAAAGAAGGGUAUGACUUUGUCAAUAGAGAUGCCUUUCUUGAGCUAGGCGGCUGAUUGAGGGGAUGGUCGUGAAUCUGGGUUUCUUUCUGUGAGCUCUACUGUCCCCUUCAUGGAGAUUAAAUUUCCCAGUACUGAUUUCAGCUCCGCAGAGCAAGUAAAAAAGAUAAUCUCCUGCUUGGAUAUCCUCAUGCUAUUGCAAUCCACUAAUAGGAUCACCAUCCAGUUUUGACUUAACAGGCACCGGGAGAGGAUAAUCCUGUUUAUUCGGUCAUCCAAAGCACUGAUGAUCUGAGAUAAUCGGUGGCUGAGAGCAGCAAGGAGGGAUGCGUGAGGUGCUCUGUGCCUGGAUGGAUGAGUCAGAUGCUCAGCACUGCAGCCCCAGCCACAAAGAAGACAGAAACUGGAGAAGCCAACCAGGUGUUCAGGGCCCUGCAGGUGGGAUUAUCAUGUGUGGCUCUUUGAUGAGCCCUGAAGGGCAGAGUUCCAGCUCUCCAACCUUCCUUCCUUUGCACCUGAAGAGUCAGCACUGAACACUCUGCUCCUUCUGAUGGUACUUCAGGGCUCCUCGUGCAGAGCUCUAUGCUGCAGCCCAGCCCUAAAGGCAAGGACACAUCUCUGCUGAAGGCACUGCUGCUGCACUCCAGCCACCACACUGAAGUAGUGACUGCUCUCCCCCAAAGGCACCACGUGUUGAACUUGUAGCAUCUUUUCUUUACUGGUGUCGGUAAGAAAGAAAGGGUGUCAUAUGGUGGCUGCAGGCCGCUGGGGCUCUGUAGAUCCCUUCUAAAGAGACAGCAAGAGUUACAGGAUGCGCAAGGCUUCUGGUACUCGCUCAGUGAUUAGAGUGGUUGUGCAGGGUGACAGCAGUUCUGCAAUCAGCCCGCAGGGAGCAGCAGAGCGGCACCGGGCUGCUUUCCUCCCGGAGCCCCUCGGGGCCGGCAGUGACCAGGGAUGGGUCUGCAGACCCCCAGCAGGGAGUGCACUUCCCCAUCGACCUGAGGGCAUCACCGUGCUGGGCAGUGAGCACAGCCGGGGCUGCCACAUCUGAAUAGGGCGAGAGCCACUGCCCUGCACAGCAACAGCAUGGGACCAUCAGGAGAGCUGUGUGACUUCACCAGGUAGGAACCACUGAAGAAAAACUGUUUCUCAGUACUGUGGGGACAGCAAAUAAGGGCUUUUUCCUCACCGAUUUGGAAAGUUUCUUGUUCUUUGAAAUGCAUUCUGCAGAGCACGAGGCAGGAGCUGAUGGCCCCACCUGCACUCACAUCUUGCUCAGCCUGAUGACAACAUCUGGUGAGUUCCCAUUCUUCCCCUGUGCUCACGGUAGGGAACAUGCCUUAAUUUAACCCCACUGUACAAAGCUGGCAGCUGGGUGCCUGGCUGCGAUGCUACAACAAGUGUUUUCCUGUUGGCCAAAGUUCAAAUCAAAUCAGAAGGUCAGGCUUGUUGCAGGCUGAUUAUCGGCACAACGGGUGAUAAGAGUGGGGAUGGCUCUGGAAUCCCAUUCCAGGCACUGGAGCAGAGCCAGCCCAGCUGCAGAAGGACUGCAGAUAGCACAGAGUCUUGAGUUCAGUGAGGUUUUGGUCAGAUGGUGGCAUGGCCCUGGGAGAGGGAAAUAUGAUUUUCUGAGCUUAAAGCUCUCUCCACUGCUGGCAAAACCAGCAGCAACAGAAAAUGGUUUUUGUUCUGAUCUGAUUCAUGAAAGCAGAUGUGCCUGUGCCUUUUUGGAGCUCAUUUGAAUGUAUGUGAUGCACUUCUGGCUUUACAGAAUCAUCAGUUAGCAGAUGUCUUUUGAAUUGUGGCACUUAACUCAGAGGUUAAAACUACAUCAAAACACUCACUGGUAAGAAUUUAUAUUGCACUUAAGAUACAUUAGGGCUUUCUCCAUCUUUUUCCACUGAAAAUUAUCUCAUGGAAAUUUUUUGGCUUCUAACCAGUUUGCUACACAUCUCUCACAGGACCUUCAAUCCCAUGUUUGCUGAUUAACACUUCUUAAUAAUCCAUGGAUUCAUGGGGUGGAGGAGGGCUGGGGGCAGGUGUGGCUGGGGCUGCCCUCCUACGUCCCAUCCAGCUGGACCAGCUGCCCAGAGCCCCUCCUGCAGGGCAGGAUCAGCCCCACACCAUACCUGGGAGACAGCUGGAAACUUGAGAUCAACCGAUGAAGUCUGACAUGCUGAAGAUUAGGAAGAGCCAUUCUGAAUAUCCAUCUGAACUUUGGAUGUGGGAGGCUAAACAGGGACAUGACACGAGUAACCUGACAAAGGCUGUUUAGCUUAAAAAAAAUCAUGAUAAUUAAGAAGAGGAAGGGAAGCUCUGAAGCACUUUGCUGCUGGAGCCAUUGGGCUGCAGCUGUGCCGGUGUCAGUCAGUGCUGCCAGCUCCCAUCCCACAGCCAGCACGGUGGGCCCCAUGCAGUGCUGCCCAUUGCUUUGGGCUCUUAUCUUCUGUUGGAUUUUUGUUGUUGCUGUUUUCAUUUGGUUAUUUUUCCCCCCCUUUUUGUCAUAGGACCAGCUCAGAAUAGAAUCAUGAGGUCGGUGUUUAUAACUUCCCAAACCAUCUAUAUGCUGUUUUUAGUGCUGACGCUGUGCAUGAAAGGCCGUGUCACCACCGUGCUCAUGUUUCCGUGUGACUCUGGGGCUGAUUUGUCCCAUUUCGUAACCAGUAAGCGAAGUGAGUCUGACAGCCUUGAUUUCAGCUCUCACUUGCUGGUUCCCAUGCUGCAGAUAGGCUCCAUUAGUAGCAAAUUCCUGCCAAAAGAAGUGAAUUACAGUUCAGGCUGAAAAUGUGCUGGGAUUCCAUGCAAAACCUUCUCAACCAAAAUUAUCUGGAGCCAGCUGGAAGUGUGACAUUUAGAGUGUGCUAUUGAGCUUUUCAUCCUGACCAAAAAUACCUGGAGUGGAAAUAGGUGCCUUCUUUCAACCAUGGGAAAGCUUGAUAAUAAGAAAACCACAAUAGUCUUUGAGCAUUCAUUACCAACUCUAAGUCCCAGCCUGGACACAGGGGAGCUGUGAUCUCACCAAAGCCACAUGCAAGGAGCCCUGGGUGCAUGGGAGCUGUACAUCCACCUCCUGCAUCCCAACCCAACCAAGCAGAGCUGCUGCUGUCAGUGUGAGAUCCUUCCCAUCCCCUCCCCGUCGGCUCUGCUGUUUAUUGAAGCUCUGUCUGUGCCCGCUGGGCUCUGCUCCUCCCCUCUGGGCACCAGCAUGUGAAGCUGUUUUUAGAUGAUGUUUUCAGUCAGAGUUUCAAGCAAGAUGAGCUGGCUCAGCCCAGAGGAGGGAGAACAGCAUGUGAAACACAGUGGGGUCAGACAAGGACCGGCACCCCAGGCUGCCACUGCUGGGUCCUGCCAGGCAGUGCUGCAGCUGAGCCAGCCCCUGGGUCCACACGCACUGAUAUCAGAUGUAAACUCCAGUGCUUUGUGUUCACUUGGCUGACUUUGCCCUCCCAUCUCAUUCUGUUUAAUUUAGGGGGGGAUUGGGAGGGAUAUAUGUGCUUUGGAUCUGAAGGGACCCUCAGCCUGACCCCGGUACCUGACAUGGAGUGUUGGAUUUCAUGCACUUCACUCCCACUGCCUGUCCAGGAACUUCUGGCUGACCGCAGUGCUUCCCUAAGGGGAAAAAAAAAAUGUUCUUAAAAAAAGCAGACGGGCUGCCCCUGAUUGUGCAGUCAUCUCAGCACUGCUGAAAUGCUUCUUAUUCCCAAUGACAUGCCCAUGGCAAGGAGUCCCAGGGGCUUCUUAGAAAGCUCCUGGACAAAGAGCUCCAGCCUCAGCUCCCUGCUGCCCUGUGCCCUCACUGCUCACAGCUCUCCUGGUCAUGUGCUGGAGAAAGGCUGUGUCUUUUUCCCCACUUUCCAUUACACUUGGACUUUAAUGAGUAUGUGCUAUUAAACUUCAUUUCUGGUCUAUGAUUCUUAUAGGCCACAAGUAAGGAUCACUAUCCCAAGCAUCUUCUUGCCCUGCCUGUAGGGAAUGAGGAAGGAAAGCUAAUGGAAGCCUUCAAAGCAUAAAUAAAAACUUUAUACAAUUAUCUAUAGCCUCCUAUGGUACAACCUCGUUCUUUUGGGCUCAGGAGAUGUUGCAUAGGCUGAGGAGGCAGAGAGAGGAAGAAAGACCCAUGAGGGGAUAAGGAAGGGGCAGCCAGGAAGUGGGGCUCAGUGAGCUCAGCUCAGCAGCAGUGGGACCACUUGGAUGGGAAAUUGCCACCUCAGAGCAACCCGUGUACUUCACCUAUUCAUUUCCCUUCUUGUCCUUGCAGUACCCAGAUGCUUUCCAUUCUCCAAAAAUAUAACACCUGAAACAACUGAUGUUUCAUCUAAUAGAUGAAACAGAGGCAGGGAGGGGUAGGACAAACACACAACCAAUGGGCACAACUGAGAUACCUGGUGCAGUGCACUGCUAUGGGGCUUGAGGAAACACAGCGUGUCACCUUCAUGCUGCUGACUCAGGCUGAGUCAAAUGGUCAGCCAAGAAAGAAGCAGUUUCUUCCUCCUUUUGCUGUUCAAUGACCACUCUUACACCAGGAGAACCGUGCUGCCUACAGGAGCUCAGGCCCUGCUCACCUGGCUGGAGGCCCUCGUGUGCAUCCAAAGAGAGCACACAGCCCUGCACACCCAUCUGCUGUAAUCACAGCUCCCUGGAGAAAACAGUUUGGAAAUGGUAUUUCAAGUUGUUGAUUGAGAUUUUUACAGAUUUAUUACCUGUUGGUUUUUCUUUUGUUCCCUCUUUGGCUGCCAGCUCCCCUCCAUCUGCCACGGCUGAAAUCCACCUCCCCUUAUCGCAGCACGGUUUGCUCCACCUCUUGCCCAUUUCCAUUUUAUUGCCUCCCUAAUCUCAGCCUCCUGCUUUUCCUGACACUGCUCCCCCCUCCCCAUCUGUGGCGAUUAAAUCACUGCUCCUUUUGUUCGGUGCCACUCAAAAUCCCCUCGUUUCGCUCAGCCUUUGGGAUGCUUCCAGGCACUUUUGCUGUUGUCACACACAUCCGUUUUCCUGGCACAAAAAGGCCCGUCAGCAUCUGAUGGGAGCUUUAGCAAGCCCUCAUUCCAGCCAGCUCUGAGACUGCCUGAAUGUGAAAUGGAGCUGAGCUCAGCCCCAGACGUGCACAGUGUACCAGAGGCGGCUGUGGGACUAAUGCAGGGACACCAAGGGAGCACAGGGCAGCCCCAUGGGGCACAGUGGGCACCUGAGUGUCAGGCAAACAAAGCCUCAACUCCUGCUCCAUCUGAGGGAGCAUUUCCCCCAUACACAGAGACAGACACUAGGAAGCCAUAAUGUGUACACAAGACCAUGAGCCUGUGAUUUCCUCUAAGUUUUCAGAUGAGAUUCAGAGAGGGGAAAAAAUUGAAGGUUAUGGAUAGCAUGAGAAAGACAGAAACCAAAAUACAACCAAUAUACUGCAACUGAAGAUUUGAUACAGAUAGAACUGAAACAAACCUGGCAAAGAGAGUCACCAAAUCUGUUUUAAAAAGCCUCAGGAGAACAGGACUCUAAGCUCGAAAGUCUGGGCAUCAUUAAAGUGUCUUUGCAUGUAGGGGUGAUGAAUUGGUGCACUCAGCACCCACUGGCAUGCAGUGCUCACGGGCUCAGAGCUCCCUCAUCCCUCAGAGCUCACCUACUGAGCACAAGCACUACUGCUGUUCAGCUCGAUGGUUCAUUUUUAACCUAUGAUGUUACCUCUCGCUUUAAUUCCUCGAUUCUCAAUGCCAACCAUGAUCCAUUUGCUGUAUCUUCCCUCACUGCUCUUAUCUGCCAACAUGUUUUAAAUAAGUUUAGAGAGUACAGGAGCUAAAAAAAUAAAAAUAAAGAAGGCAGCUGAAGAUAAAAGCCAGCAGCACACUUGUAAAAAUAGAGCGGCCCUGCAAGAGGUGCUGAGUAAAUGGGUGCACGGGAGGCAGCGCAGCAGGCUGCAGAGGCACUGUUUAAACUGAAGGUAAAUAAGUGGCAGGGGGAGCUGCAGUUCAUGUUGUUCCCUUACGUGUUGGUCAGAUAAUGCAACAUAACUUCAGGCAAGCAGCCGGGUGCUAAAAAUGGAUACAGCUCUUGGGUUUCACCGGGUGACACACAGGCUGCAGUGCUCAGAAUUAUCCUCCUCUGAAGCACCAACAGGAGCAGAGCAAGCACGUGCCAAAGAGCUGCACAGAGGCACUGGGUGUUUCAGAGCUGCAACACCAGGGCUGGGAAAGGUGCUGAAAGGUGCUUCCUGCAGCAAAGGAUGCUCAUCUUUGGGACAGCAGCUGUUGCAGAAGGGCUGUGUGCAGAUCCCUGAAGCACCCUCUUGUUAAAACCCUUACCUGCUCCGGUUGAGCUGUGAAAGCUGCCAUCUUUUUUUGGUGACGGCUACAUUUGGUCAGUAAUUUAGGUUUGAAGCAUCCCAUCCAGUAACUUCACAGAAGCAGAGUUUAGACUUGAAGUUGGUUUAAUAUAAUAAAACAAUUGUCUUGAAA